UGGUGCGCAGUUGAUUCUGUGUUGGCUUCCGCGGUUUCUGAAUAUCGUUGUACUUGUCAAUGGGGCCGACCCUCGCGAUGCGGAGGUUGCAGGUGUUGCUGGGCCACCUGAACCGCCAGCACGGUUCGGGCCAGGCUCUACAGGCCGCGCCGUGCUUAAGCGACGCCCCGAGGGCUUCGGCCGCGGACGUGGUGGUGGUGCACGGGCGGCGAACGGCCAUUGGCCGAGCGGGCCGCGGCGGCUUCAAGGACACCACCCCCGACGAGCUUCUCUCGGCUGUCAUGACCGCGGUUCUCCAGGACGUCCACUUGAGUCCGGCGGAGCUGGGGGACAUCUGCGUCGGAAAUGUGCUUCAGCCAGGGGCCGGGGCACUCAUGGCCCGAAUCGCCCAGUUUCUGAGUGACAUCCCAGAGACUGUGCCCUUGUCCACUGUCAAUAGAAUGUGUUCUUCAGGGCUGCAGGCAGUGGCCAGCAUAGCUGGUGGCAUCAGAAAUGGGUCUUAUGACAUUGGCAUGGCCUGUGGGGUGGAGUCCAUGUCCCUGUCUGGAAUAGGAAACCUUGGCAAUAUUACUUCACGCUUGACAGAGAAAGAGAAGGCCAACGACUGCCUGAUUCCUAUGGGGAUAACCUCGGAGAAUGUGGCUGAGCGUUUUGGCAUUUCCCGGGAGAAGCAGGACACCUUUGCCUUGGCUUCACAGCAGAAGGCAGCCAGAGCCCAAAGCAAGGGCUGCUUCCGGGCUGAGAUUGUGCCUGUGACCACCACGGUCCGUGACGACAAGGGUGAGAGGACCAUCACCGUGGCCCAAGAUGAAGGAAUCCGCCCUAACACCACCAUGGAGGGCCUGGCCAAACUGCAGCCUUCAUUCAAGGAGGGCGGCUCUACCACAGCUGGAAAUGCCAGUCAGAUGAGUGAUGGGGCAGCUGCCGUCCUGCUGGCUCGGAGGUCCAAGGCAGAAGAGCUGGGCCUUCCCAUCCUUGGAGUUCUGAGGUCCUAUGCAGUGGUUGGGGUGCCACCUGACAUCAUGGGCGUUGGACCUGCCUAUGCCAUCCCUGUAGCUUUGCAGAAAGCAGGGCUGACAGUGAAUGAUGUGGACAUCUUUGAGAUCAAUGAGGCCUUUGCAAGCCAGGCUGUCUACUGUGUGGAGAAACUAGGACUACCCCCUGAGAAGGUGAACCCGCUGGGUGGUGCAGUGGCCUUGGGCCACCCAUUAGGCUGUACUGGAGCACGACAGGUCAUCACACUGCUCAACGAGUUGAAGCGCCGUGGGAAGAGGGCAUAUGGGGUGGUGUCUAUGUGCAUUGGGACCGGAAUGGGGGCUGCUGCUGUCUUUGAGUACCCUGGGAACUGAGCAAGGCCCCAGGUGGCUGAAGGGCUAAAGGCACUACUCAGACAGCCCUGCUCUCGCGGCAAGAGAUAAACACUGGACGUGAGGCCACGUGGGAACAUUAAGAACUGGGGGUGGUGGUGGCAGUGGGUAAAUCAAGGCACUUCAACAAACUUGGGAAAUGUGAACACCGAUGACACAGUACAGGACUGGAGGGGUGUUGGGCUGCACCCUGUGAGGCUUCCUCAAGCUGGGCCAAAGUUUGACUGGGUCACCCAGGCCACAAGACUACUGUGUAACUCCUGGGGGAAGAUGGCUUCAUGGAUGAGGAGUCCAAUGGAUGUAGUAAAUGUGUGUUAUCUUGUC